GUAUACGACUGCUGCUCCGCCCAUCACAACAACCUCUACUAUUACGGCCACAGACUCGCUAACGACAACUCCAGCUACAGUUACAGCGACAUUCAUUACAGGGUACAAGACCAUCUAUGCCCCUCGAAUCACAACGACAAAGACUUCCACCAUCACUCCUAAGCCCGUCACCAGGUACACAUCAUCGGUAUCCAAGGUUACAACGACUGUGACCUGUCUUGGUGGCCAACAGAAGCGAGGGAUUAGUCAGAGACGACAUGCUCCGAAUGUGCUAAUAGGCAGAGCCGCAGCUCCAGGUUAUGAGACACCUAACUGCGGUCCCGUGGUCGUGCAGACCGUCUAUACAAGUACAAUCAUCGUCCCGGUAUUGACAACUACAACUG